AUUAAAACUUCUUGUUAACAAAAAAGGAUACAAGAUUAUGAUUUUAUGCAAUGAAAAUCCAAAUUUCUAAUCAUACCUAUAUGUAAUUCAAUUCAGGUGUACUUUUAAUUUUUUUCGCAACUAUUAGGUACAAAAUGAAUGAUCCAGAUACAUCAAUAAAGUCUUCUCUGGAUGAGGCUAUUCGAGAGACAACUCUUAUGUCUUCACUACUGGACUUCAACAUAAAAGAAUCAAAACCUCGGGCAAUUCAAAUGAUGGGUAAACUAAUGACCAGUAUUUCAAGAGUCGUCCCAGGAAUGGAAAAUAUAAUACCUAAGUUAGUUGAGUCUCUGAACCAUCAAGAAGUCGAUAUACGUAUUAAAAGUAUUUUGGCAAUUUUGCGUAUAUCAGCAAGAACCAUUAAGGGGCCAAAUCUACUUAAAACUGAAGAUGACUCCUUUGUAGAUAUAAAUGAAAUUUGCAACAUUGAGUCCAACACGUAUGAUCUUGUCUUCCAAAAAUUGCAGGAGGCUUUGAUACUCGGUCAAAUGUCCGUACUUUACCUUGUUAAACAAGAAAUAUUUGAGACACUUUUGGUAGUUAUUAGAAGUAGUCACAUAAAAAGACGGCAUAUACACGUGAUUGCAUUAAUGCUAUACUAUACAUAUCAUCACAGUGUAGAGUUAUCUGAUAAAACAGGAAAAGAUUUAUUGCAUUUGUUUCAAGUAUUAUUGACCGUAGUUGACAAAGCUCACAUGAAGUGGAUCCUAAAAGGGUUGCGGGGUCUGGUUAAACAUCCAAAAACAAUUUCUCUACUACUUCAAACGGGCAUAUUAAAUACAUUAAGCACUUUAAUUGUACAUAAAGACGAUGAUGUAAAAAAAGAUGCCUUGAGACUUUUUGUUGAUAUUAGCACAAACGUUUAUAUCAAAAAUAAUCCUUACGCUCUCCGUAUUCCACUAAACAAUGUUCUCAACUUGCUUACACAUACUGAUGAAAAUAUUCGAAGAUAUUGUUUGGAGGUUCUACAUUCUUUGACUGUAGUUAAUAAUGGAUUAGUACAUAGAGUCGUUCACAACGGUUUAGUUCCUUUGAUAAUACAUGAGUUUGACAACAGCAAUAGAACCAUACAAUAUAUAGUAAUUAAAGUGAUAAAAAAUAUAAGUGUUUAUGGUAAAAAGUCUGAUAUUGUGAAACUUAUUGAUGAAAAUGUUAUUCCACUCUUGUGUCAAUCAAUUACACAGACUUCAAGUAAGGAUGUUUACUGUGCUUUGACUUCCAUAUAUAAUAUCUUGAAAAUAGCUAGUGAAUGCACUGAGUUGGCACUACGAGAAUGCAAGGGUUUAGAGAAGAUUGAAGUUCUCAAACAUCAUGAAGAUAUUAGUAUUAAGAAUCUGAUAAUGAAACUACAAGAAGAUUUCCCACAUUUAUUUGAAGAAAAUGUUUCUGAAAUGUGAAAAUUCCAGAUAGAAAGUAAGACCAAAAUUUCUUUGUAAUAUUCUAUACGCAAUAUUGUGAUCAUUGAAACUAUUAUAAGUCAAUAAAUUACA